GGAGAGCUAGAAAAGGGCAAUCAUGUCUGAAGAGAAACCCAAGGAAGGUGUGAAGACAGAGAAUGACCACAUCAACCUGAAAGUGGCAGGGCAGGAUGGAUCUGUGGUUCAGUUCAAAAUAAAAAGGCACACACCACUCAGCAAGUUAAUGAAAGCUUACUGCGACAGACAGGGCCUAUCAAUGCGGCAGAUAAGGUUCAGGUUUGAUGGACAACCAAUCAAUGAAACAGACACACCUGCACAGCUGGAGAUGGAAGAUGAAGAUACCAUUGAUGUGUUCCAACAACAGACAGGUGGUGUGUGCUAAGCACUGAACAAGUUCAAUCUCCAGUAUGGCAGGAGCUCAAAUUCCCUCCAUAUGCCUCAUUUCUCACCUAUGCCCCUUGGAUUUGCUGUUAAAUAGUUAACACAGAACAAACAUGCUGAUCACACGACACUUCUGAAAACGUUGGCGGACUCUCCCAGGGAUGAUAUUCAAUCAGAAAUGCAGUUUUCUUUUCCAGCUGAACGUGCCAGAAGUUGUAAAGUGGGCCAAUCUAGAGCAUUGUCUUUCUCUGCUGAAAGUUUUCAGGCUUUUUUGUGCAGUACUGUUUGUUUACAGCAGUUCUGUUUAGUUUUUCCCUCUGUAUCUUCAGAUGUAAAUAAUUGGAUCCUUGCUUGAGUAAUUUUUGAGCCAGUUCCAUGCCAGAGUGUGUGGUUUUGCAUAUUCUCUGACAUGCAAACAGUAAAUGCUUGCCCACACAGGCAACUGAAAGAUGUGAAAAUUAAGGUUGUUAUACCAGUAAUGGCAGAUGGGAGGGAGGGGAUAUGCUUUUAUUUGCUAAAAUGUUUCAUUUGAACAUUAUCUAUCAAAAGGAUGUAAGGGUUGUAUAUAUAGAUAUUUGUAUACCCAGGUACUGAAUCUGAAAAAAAAAACAAAAACUUUCAAAAGAGUUAAGACUUUGGGUGGCUAUGUUUCACUGCUGAAUAGGAUUUAGAGAAUGAAGCACAAUUCUGCUGACUGCUUGGACCAACAGGUUUUACCCACUUCUCUUAUGCGAGACAAAAAUCAUGCCUUCUAAUAUACUAAUAGCAGCAGAGGUUUUACCAUUCUGCAAAUCAGGCUAGAUGCGUGAGUGCAAAAUUUUGGCACUUCAAAAAUUCAGACGUUUUACUACAUUUGUCAAUGGCUCACCCUGCUUUUUAUCUGCUGCACAGGAGCACUUUUUUCAGUUCCAGAUUAAAAAAAAUAAAUAAAUAAAAACUGACAGCAUGGGCUCUUUGGUGGUGGUCCAUUCAAUGUCAGAAAUUUUUGGUGUUCCCGACUAUAGUGUGCGAAUUAUGGGUCCCAAAAAACGGUUUUAAAAUCUCUACAUUCCCUUUAAGAAUCCUUCUUGAAGUUGUAGUUUAUAUAUCUGAGCGUGCUCUUCCUAGCAGUGUUCAGUAGCAAAAGAUGUUCAAUACUGCAAGUUAGUAGUUUUAUUCCAACAAUGUUCUUCAGGUUUUCCCUUUGUGCUAGUUUUACAGUGCCAGCCAAAGAUACAUAUAAAAAAAAUUCCCUCCCUCAAUCUCUAAGAUUUUGAAUUAUGAUGCUCAGUUGUCUAUAGUGUGGUCCCUUUUUUUUUUUAAUUGUACUUUCUGGAUAAAUGUAUUCUUUCAACAAAAUAAAGAAAAGUCAGAAUUUCUGUUUACUUUUGCA